AUGUAUUCCUAUGCAGGACUAAUUUUACCAGCACGACUUAUUAUGGGAGCUCCGUUUGUUUCGGCUUUCUUAAUCUACAAAUGGAGAAAAAGAAAUAUUUCGAUGUAUAGCACCAUUGAGGACUUUUUGAAGAGUGACAACAACUUUGUGCCAAUAAGAUACUCAUACUCUGACAUUAAGAAGAUGUCCUUCAAAUUCAAUGAAAAGUUGGGUGAAGGAGGCUUUGGUUCUGUAUAUAAAGCAAAGUUACGAAGUGGCCGUUUUGCAGCAAUUAAAAUGUUGGGCAAGCCUCAAUCCAAUGGGCAAGAAUUCAUCAGUGAAGUAGCUACAAUUGGAAGAAUUCACCAUGUUAACGUGGUGCAACUUAUUGGUUAUUGCGUUGAAGGAUCAAAACGAGCUCUAGUAUAUGAGUUCAUGCCAAAUGGGUCUCUUGAUAAAUAUGUAUUUUCAAAGGAAGGAAGAGUUCCAUUAAAUUUGGAGAAAAUGCAUGAUAUUUCUCUUGGAGUGGCUCGAGGGAUUGAAUAUCUGCAUCAAGGUUGUGACGUGCAGAUUUUGCACUUUGAUAUCAAGCCUCACAACAUUCUUCUUGAUGAAAAUUUCAUACCAAAGAUCUCUGACUUUGGUCUUGCAAAAUUAUACCCUACAGAAAAUAGCAUUGUUUCUUUGACAGCAGCAAGAGGAACAUUAGGAUAUAUUGCCCCUGAGUUGUUUUAUAAAAGUAUUGGGAAAAUCUCAUACAAAGCUGAUGUAUAUAGCUUUGGAAUGUUGUUGAUGGAAAUGGCAAGUAGAAGAAAAAAUUUGAAUCCAUCUGUAGAGCAUGAUAGCCAAAUAUAUUUUCCAUCAUGGGUGUAUGACCAAUACAGUGAGGGAAAAGAUUUUGAGACAGGUGCAAUGUCAGAGGAGGAAAAAACAAUCAUGAAAAAGAUGGUUAUAACUGCUUUAUGGUGUAUACAAAUGACGCCAAGUGAUCGUCCUUCAAUGAAAAAAGUCAUAGAAAUGCUUGAAGAAGAUGUUGAAUGCCUACAAAUGCCUCCCAAGCCAUUACUUUAUCCACGAGAGAUGUCCAUAUGCGAGGUUCCAGAUAACACAAAUUAA